GAGGCCGUACCGAGCCAAUAUGGCUUGCAACGACGUGGACAAGUCCAGCUUCGAUGAUGUCUGCUGUGACAGCGGACACUCGAGUUGUGCUGCAGCUAUGGAGAAGGAGAGGGAGUCGUUUCUGAGCCCAACAGAGAACCCGUCCACCAUCAGUGUUUCAUCUAGUAUGCCUCCUGACCAGCAAGGCUAUGAUGUAGAGUUUGACCCUCCACUAGAGAGCAAGUAUGAGUGCCCUAUCUGUCUGAUGGGUCUCCGCUCGGCAGUACAGACCCCCUGUGGCCAUCGAUUCUGUGACUCGUGCAUUAGGAAAUCCAUCAGGGACACGGGGCAGAAAUGUCCAGUUGACAACGAGGUGCUGCUUGAGGAACAGCUUUUCCCUGAUAACUUUGCCAAACGAGAGAUCCUCUCACUCACCGUCAAAUGUUCUAACUUUGGAUGCAGUGAAAAAAUGGAGUUGCGCCAAUUAGAGAAACACUUGUCUCAGUGCAGGUUUGCCACUGCGCCGUGCCCUCAAUGUCAGGAGUCUGUUCCCAUAAGCCACCUGGAUGAACAUAAGAGCCAGCAUUGCUUACAGCGGAUUAUGACCUGCCCUGACUGUGCUGGGAGCUUUGUGUAUGCUGUCAAACAGAAUCAUGAACAGUUUUGUCCUUUCGCCAAUACAGUGUGUGAAUAUUGCGAAAUGGAGCUCAUUCGGGAUCAGUUGGCGCUGCACUGUGACACCGACUGUCUAAAAGCUCCUGUGGCCUGUACUUUCAGCACUUUUGGAUGUCGUGAAAAGAUGACAAGAAAUGAGCUGGCCCAGCACAUGCAGGAGUUUACACAGAUGCACAUGCGUUACAUGGCUGAGUUUCUCCGCAGCCAGACUCUCAAUAACUGCACAAUGCCCUCAGCUGCUGCCCACUUGUCCUCAGAUGAUCGUGGAGCCUCCGCCCGAUCGCCAGAUUCUUGUCAGUGCAAACAGGAGCUCCUGAACCUGCGAGAGACAGUACUGGAGCUGGAGGGUCGGCUGGUCCGUCAAGAUCAGCAAAUCCGGGAGCUGUGCAUCCACAACGACACGCAGAAAAACCAGGUCACUGAGCUACGGCGAAAGCUUGUCUCACUAGAGGAGAGCACCCGAGAGCUGGAGGCGCAGCAGUACCAGGGCAUCUACGUGUGGCGUGUGGAGAACUUCUCACACCACCUGCGCAACCAAGAAGCCGGUCAGCCUAUUGUCCUCCACAGCCCACCCUUCUACACAGGCCGGCCUGGGUACAAACUCUGCCUGCGACUGCACCUGCAAACCCCCAGUGCUCCUCGCUGUUCUAACUUCAUCUCGCUUUUCGUGCACACUAUGCAGGGUGAGUUUGACAGCCAGCUCUCCUGGCCCCUCCAGGGCACCAUUCGGCUGGCAGUGCUGGACCAGGUAGAGGGGCAGCACCAUAUUGAAGUGAUGGAGACCAAGCCAGACCUGCAGGCUUUCCAGAGGCCUACCGUGAUGCGCAACCCCAAAGGAUUCGGCUAUGUGACGUUUCUGCACCUGCAGGCAUUGCGGCAGCGUGGUUUUGUGAAAGAGGACGUGCUGUUGGUGCGCUGUGAGGUCACACCACGAUUUGACGCUAGUCUCAGGAGGGAAGGUGUUCAACCUCGAGGACCAGAACCUUCAAUUUGAGCAAUUUUUUGUUUUCAGUCUUAAGUUCUCAAAGACACUCUGCUGAAAUGACAGAAAUACAGCUAAACCUGUUUUUUUGUUUGUU